AUGAUCAACAAUCCACAGAGUCAGCUUUUCAUUGCAUGGACUGAACUCAGAACAAGUUUUGUCGUUUCAAAUGUAGGCGAAUUCAGCAGGAGCAUCCUUGGCUCUCAUUUCAAACACAACAAUUUCUCAAGCUUUGUGCGCCAACUCAACAUGUAUGGCUUUCACAAAAUCAACGGAACACCACACGCCCAACGCACAUCUACAACAUCUCAAACUUGGGAAUUCAGCCAUCCCAAAUUCCUCCACGCACACCCAGACCUCUUGGAUGCCAUCAAACGCAAGGCUCUUGAGCCUGAUCCUUGCGAAUGUGGCCGGUAA